GUGGUUGCAUUUUUUGCUGCUGUGGUUGCUCCAGUUGUUGCUGCUGUGGUCGCUGCAGUUGUUGCUGCUGUGGUUGCUCCAGUUGUUGCUGCUGUGGUCGCUGCUGUGGUCGCUGCUGUGGUUGCAGUUGUUGCUGUGGUUGCUCCAGUUGUUGCUGCUGUGGUCGCUGCAGUUGUUGCUGCUGUGGUCGCUGCUGUGGUUGCAGUUGUUGCUGUUGUGGUUGCAGUUGUUGCUGCUGUGGUUGCUGCAGUUGUUGUUGCUGCAGUGGUUGCCGCAGUUGUUGCCGCUGUGGUUGCAGUUGUUGCCGCAGUGGUGGCAGAUGUAGUGGUUGCAGUUGUUGCCGCAGUUGUUGCGACGGCGCCUGUUGAGGCGUGCCCUCAUAGCGGGAUGCCUCAUUUUUUUAGAGAUACUGUAAACGUUAUAGAAACCCGCCUUGCUGUAAAACUGCGCAGACCACUGGAUUAG